UAACCUAGGCAAAAAAGAAACAACAAAAACUGAAACAUGAGUACAUGACAACAACAUCAGCACCUUAAACAUAAUUACACACACAUAUUUAUAUCCUGUAUCUAUCUAUCUAUCUAUGUGUUUUAUUCCUUUAGUUUUGUGUCAAACUGAGUGUGUAAAUUAACCAAAUUUGAUUGACAAACUGGUGACCUCAUUCCAAAAAGCACAAUCCCAUUCAAGAUUCUUUUUCUUUCUUGAGAAAUGGUAUUGAAAAGGGUUAUGGGAAUGAUGAUGGGUUGUCUUGGAAUGAGUUGUUGUUUGAGGAUAAGUGAUCAACCAACAAGACCUGCACCACCUUCAGAGUGUGAUGAUUCAACAUCUGCAUCAGAUGAUGUUGAGCCCAAAUCAUCAUCAUCAGUAUCAUCAGCUUCAGGUAGAAUUAAACUUAGUGAUGGAAGGUAUUUAGCUUACAAAGAAAGAGGAGUCCCCAAGGACCAAUCAAAUUACAGAAUCAUUAUUGUUCAUGGGUUUGCUAGCAAUAAAGAAAUGAACUUUAUGGCUUCUCAGAAAUUAAUGGAUGAAUUGGGGAUAUACCUUGUGCAAUUUGAUAGAGCUGGGUAUGGAGAAAGUGACCCGUUUCCGAAACGGUCGCUGAAGAGUGAAGCAAGUGAUAUUCAAGAACUUGCAGACCAGUUGCAGCUUGGAUCUAAAUUCUAUAUCAUUGGUGUGUCAGUUGGAUCAUAUCCCACAUGGAGUUGCGUCAAGGACAUACCCCACAGGCUAGCAGGAGUUGCUCUAGUAGUUCCAUUCAUUAACUACAGAUGGCCAUCACUUCCUCAUGAUCUCAUACAAGAUGAUUACCGGAAAAAUCUUUCCAGGUGGGCGGUCUGGAUUGCCCGCCACACCCCGGGGUUGCUACACUGGUGGAUGACUCAGAAAAUGUUCCCUUCAUCUUCUGUUCUUGAUAGAAACCCGAAAUUCUUUAGUACUAAAGAUUUGGAAGUCCUGAAAAACACUCCUGGAUAUCAGUUGCUUAGUAAGAGCAAACUAAAGGAUGAACCGAUAUUCCAUAGUCUCCGUAAAGAUUUCAUCGUUGCAUUUGGGAAAUGGGAUUUUGACCCGUUGACUUUAAAAAAUCCGUUUGGUCAAAGUCAAUCUCGACUACACUUAUGGCAAGGUUAUGAAGACAAAGUUGUACCGGUCGAACUACAACGGUAUGUUUCAACAAGGUUGCCAUGGAUAAAGUACCAUGAAGUUCCUGAUGGUGGACAUUUGCUUGUGUAUGAUAGUGAUGUAUGUGAAGCUAUUUUAAGGUCUCUUUUGCUUGGAGAUGAUCCUCCAUUGUAUAAACCUCAAUUUGAUUGAAUUAGUGAUAAAUUUGAUUGAUUAGUGAUUUAUGUAAAUCAAAUGAUUGUUUGAGAAAUGUAAAUUGGUUUGGUUUUUCUUAAUGUAAUCUUUUAUUUUUCUUU